AGCACGUAGCAAGUACGUGCACUAAUUGGACACCUGUCAGUCAUAGCGGAGGUCAUUUCAGGACAACAUAUAUCAGUCAGGGACGGAAGCGGAGAAACAUGGCCGGGCGACUCUUCCUCCGAGGUUGUGCUGCGUUACAGGCGGCGAGACAGCAUGUCGGGGUUAAACCUGCACAACGCGCUCUUGGUACCCUGAAGGGUGGUAUACCAACAGAUGAAGAGCAGGCUACCGGGCUGGAACGCCGGGCUUUGCAGGCCCUCAAGAAGGGAAAGGACCCAUAUAGUAUACUAAAGCCCAAAGAGUAUGCUGGAACCACGGAAGACCCCCACAUUGUCCCAUGCAUUGGUACUAAAAGGCUCGUAGGCUGCCUGUGUGAAGAGGACAACACUGCUAUUGUGUGGUUCUGGCUUCAUGAGGGACAUGCCCAGCGCUGCCCUUCCUGUGGGUCUCACUAUAAACUGGUACACACCGAGUUGCCACAUUAAAUGUAAAUUUAAUACAACCUAAGCAACUUACACAGUUCGCCUUAUUGGGAUACCACAAUGUGUGCCUAUCUUGUAGUUUCCUGUCAUUAAAAUGUGAACAAGAACUUAUCGGU